AUGUCUAUUUCUACCGCAAUAGCAGGACUGGAUCUUGCUUCACCUGCCCCAAAGAAGGAAACCUCAGACAAAUCCGAAGAUGAACUCCCUGAGGAUGUCCUACCACUAUUCCCACACCCACUCGACGAUCACACCACAGAGGUCAUAACCUGGCGUGAGCAGUAUCUUCGCAAUUUCUCCUGCGCGAUCCGUAAUAAACCAAAUUGGACUGAAAAAAUCCUCGACCGCGCUUUAGUCGUCAAAUGGAUUCGUGAGGCGCAAGACCAAACAAGAGUUUGGCAGUGGAAGAAGAUCAUGACGUGGAAUCAGGAGGAUAUUGAGUUUGCGUACAAGGAAUUAGUCGAAGGGUAUAAACCGUUUGUGGAUGAGGCGAAGAAGAAACCAGAGCUUUAUGGCUUGGAGCCGGAUAUGGACUGUGUUUGGAGAUCUGAUUCUUUGGUGGACGAAGAGCUUAGAAAAGAGCUUAUUGAAGCCGUUGCGACUUUGGAGAAUGUUCCGGAGGACCAAAAGGACUGGCAUCCUGGAUCUAACAAACAAGUACUCGACCUUGUUCAUCCGUCUUUAUGGCCAGUAAUCUAUGGCCGCUCUAUCAGCCUGAUUGAUGGGAAGCCGAUAGAAUCACCCGAUGACGCCAUCGACACCAGCUUUUCCGAAAAGUUCUGCUGGUUACCAUCUGAAUUCGAAGUUGGCGCUGACGGUAAAGUCAAAAUCGCCAGUUACAUUAAUAACCUGGCAACUGGUGACCAGCGGAAGUUAUUCUACCCAAUUCUAGAACGCAUAUUCCAACGGUUUGUACCGUUAUUUAACCAUGUCCUCGGAGAUCUAAAGCGUGGAUUCCAGCAUUGGAACAGGGCUUACAGUACUGGUUCCUAUACCCACGACAGUGACGAAAUCGAGUGGUUGUUUUUCCAAACCCAUAAAGAAAAAUUCAACGAGCUCUUAGGACAAUUCGAGCGCGGCGAAGAACUGACAGUACAGUUGGAGGAUUUUAUCCAUGUUUUCCCCGACACCCCAGAAGGAGAUAAGCUAAGGGAUAAUCUUGGGGAAGACUACUGGGAAGAACCUGAAGAUGAUGAAAAUAUCUAUGAUGACGAAAAAAGACAGCAGCGGGAUACUGCACCUUACCAAGUUCGGGAUCUAGGGCGGCUAAACCAAAAUCAUACUUGGACGCCCCCCGAAAUCACAGAUAGCUUCAAGUUAGAAGGCAAGACUGCAAAAGUAAUUGUUAAGCUUGCUAACAUUAUCUUAACACCGGAGCAACCGAUAUAUGAAGGUGGUUCUUGGCAUGUAGAGGCAAUGAUGAAUGAACGAAUCGUUUCAACUGGUAUCUACUACUAUGAUCAAGAAAACAUCACAGAAUCUGAACUAGCAUUCCGUCGUACCAUCGAAUCUAUGGAAGAUAUGGGAUGGCAGCUUCCUCAAGACUCUAAUUGGACGACUAUUCAUAACAUGGGUAGUUCCGGCACCACCGUUCAAGAAAUCGGUGGUAUCAAAACCCAAAACAACCGAGCAAUCGCUUUCCCAAACAUCUAUCAACACCAAGUCCAGCCCUUCGAGUUGGUCGAUAAGACUAAACCAGGGUACAGGAAAGUUUUGGUCUUCUUCCUCUGUGAUCCUUCUAAGGAGAAUAAGGUACCUACUAGUAAAAUUGUGGCGCCUCAGCAGCCAGAAGCAAGAAAGGAUUUAGUGGAAACAUUGAGGCAAGGGCCGCUCGGCAACCUACCCGAGGAGGUGUUCCGCUUGAUUGUAGAGGCGUUGCCUCCGGUGGUUACCAGGGAGGAAGCGGAGAAAUAUCGCGAUGAGUUGAUGUAUGAAAGAUCUUCGUUCAUUAAUGACAGCGAGGCUGUCCAGGGCGAGAGUUAUAGCUUGUGUGAGCAUUGA